UUAUAGCAUCAUAUAUGACAUGAUGAACAAGAGUGGAUUUGCAUGGAAUGAUAUCAAAAUGUGCAUUGAAAUUGAUAGUAAUGAAGUAUGGGAUACGUAUUUGCAGCACAACAAAAAGAUAAAGGGAUGGAGAAACAAGAAGUAUCCAUUAUUUGAUAGACUAGCUACCAUCUUUGGGAGUGACCAUGCUACUGGAAAUGGGGCUGAGGUCCCUGCUGAUAUGAUGGAGGAGCAGAGCAACAAUGAAGAUAAUGUAGGCCUUAAGAAUAACACAAGCCCCAUGUCAAUGAGCAAAGAUAGCACUGGACAAUCUCAGGUCAGUCAAAAAAAGAGGAAAAGAAAUGAUGAAGAUAAAAUUAUGCUUGCAUUGGAUAAAUUGUUUGAAGAAUCUGGAAAAAGAAUGCAAGCAGUGACUGAUGCCAUAGUGAAAGGUAUCGAAGAUCAAUUUGAUAUUGCUAAGCAACUUAAGAAAAUGGGACUUUCUGUUCUAGACCAAAUUGAGGCAUUAGAAAUCAUUUUGGAUAAGCCCCAGAAUAUCUUUGUGUUCAUGUCCUUAGAUGAUGAAGUGAGAAAAGUGUAUGUCAAGAACUUGCUUGCGGGCACUGCUAGAGGAUCUACCUAGCUGUUGACUGAAGAUAUGUUCUUUUUUUUUUUUUU